GAAGGUAAGAGGGAGGAGGCAAAGAGACAGGGGAGGGGACCAGAUUUCCCAGAUGCGUCCAUAGUUUCGGUUCCAAGCAACUGUGGCAGCAGGUUAACAUUGAAGAUGGCAGGGACAGCACGCCAUGACCGAGAGAUGGCAAUUCAAGCCAAGAAAAAGCUCACCACGGCCACUGACCCUGUCGAAAGACUCCGACUGCAAUGCCUGGCCAGAGGCUCGGCUGGCAUCAAAGGACUUGGCAGAGCAUUUCGAAUUAUGGAUGACAACAAUAACCGAACCCUUGAUUUCAAAGAGUUUGUGAAAGGGUUAAAUGAUUAUGCUGUGGUCAUGGAAAAGGAAGAGAUAGAAGAGCUUUUCCGGAGGUUUGAUAAAGACGGAAAUGGUCUGAUAGACUUCAAUGAAUUUCUUCUCACUUUAAGACCUCCAAUGUCUAGAGCCAGAAAAGAGGUCAUCAUGCAAGCUUUUAGAAAGUUAGACAAGACGGGAGAUGGCGUUAUAACCAUUGAAGACCUUCGUGAAGUGUAUAAUGCAAAACAUCACCCCAAGUACCAAAAUGGAGAAUGGUCAGAGGAACAAGUAUUCAGGAAAUUUCUGGAUAACUUUGAUUCUCCUUAUGAGAAAGAUGGAUUGGUGACCCCUGAGGAAUUUAUGAACUACUACGCAGGUGUAAGUGCAUCCAUUGACACAGAUGUGUACUUCAUAGUUAUGAUGAGAACUGCCUGGAAGCUCUAAAUGCACGGUCCCAGGGACAAGGCCUUGGGGGACAGCUGCGUGACUCCACAUGACUAAACCUCAGCUCAGAAACUGAGUUCAUACUUUCACGUCCAUCAGUGUUUCUUCUUAUGUUAACACUGCAUUUUCUGGGACUGAGAAAAGGAAACAAAUAAAGACACUGAACAGACAA